AUGGCUCCCUUAGCCGAAGUUGGGGGCUUCCUGGGCGGCCUGGAGGGCUUGGGCCAGCAGGUGGGCUCGCACUUUCUGCUGCCUCCUGCCGGGGAGCGGCCGCCUCUGCUGGGCGAGCGGCGGGGCGCGGCGGAGCGGGGUGCCCGCGGCGGGCCGGGGUCGGCGGAGCUGGCGCACCUGCACGGCAUCCUUCGCCGCCGGCAGCUCUACUGCCGUACCGGCUUCCACCUGCAGAUCCUGCCGGAUGGCAGCGUGCAGGGCACCCGGCAGGACCACAGCCUCUUCGGUAUCCUGGAAUUCAUCAGUGUGGCAGUGGGACUGGUCAGUAUUAGAGGUGUGGAUAGUGGACUUUAUCUUGGAAUGAAUGACAGAGGAGAACUCUAUGGAUCAGAAAAACUGACUUCUGAAUGCAUCUUUAGGGAACAAUUUGAAGAGAACUGGUACAAUACCUAUUCAUCUAACAUCUAUAAACAUGGAGACACUGGCCGCAGGUAUUUUGUGGCACUUAACAAAGAUGGGACUCCAAGAGAUGGUGCAAGGUCCAAAAGACAUCAAAAAUUUACACAUUUCUUACCUAGACCAGUGGAUCCAGAAAGAGUUCCAGAGUUGUACAAGGACCUUCUGAUGUAUGCUUGAGUGUGACAGUGUCUCUGUCAAAGAAUGAAACCACAGCCAUUCUUUUCCAUCAUAGUUCACAGCACUAGAGAACACCUAAGGAAGACACUCAGAAUAUGACAGCCUUUUCCAUUUGAAGACUAAAUUUGGAAAGAAGACUGAGAAAAAUAUUUGACUCAAAGUAGAACAAGAUCAUUCUUUAUAAGUCAAUUAAGUUUCCUUAGGUACCUUGGCUCUGUCUUUACCAGUAGAUUGAAAAUGAAAAUCAGUUAAACUUGGAUAAUGGGAACCUCACCUAAUUUGCUGCUGGUACUUCACCUCUCUGGAUUAUGUUUACUUUGAAAGUUAUACUAAAAAUAGAUACUUCAUGUUGAAGAAAUGGAUUGACAUAGUUGGCCAUGGUUACUACCUUGUAAAUUCUGAGGACCUUGUAGGAUUUUGCAGGUUAUGGCAUCCUAUGUUAAAAAAAAAA